AUUCGAACCGGCCGGGCGGACAUGGUAGUAACGACGAACCAGCAAGACAGCUAGAUCACGAGAAAGAAACCUGUAGCGCCGAGCUAGGCGAAGGUCGGUCGAGAGAGAUGCAGGGCGGGGUGAGCGCGGCGGGCGCGGCCAAGGAGGCGGGGGCGAACCUGGGCGCGUCGGCGUGGGCGGGCAAGGAGAAGGGCAUGGCCGUGGUGCAGGAGACGGUGGAGAAGGCCAAGGCGCACGACGACCCGGCGGCGCAGGCGGAGGCGGAGGCCAGGAAGGAGGAGCGGCUCCUCGAGGUGGAGGCCGCCAAGCAGGACGCCUACCGCCGCAACGCCGCCGUCGCCAAGGACGGCCGCGCCGCCGCCGUCGUCAAGGAUGAGAAGGAGGCGGCCGCCGACGACUCGGAGGAGGCCGUCCCCGCCUGACGACUCUUUCGGAAAACCUUCUUCUCCAGUACUUUCAUUUGUUCGAUGUAUUGUAUUGUUUGGAGUGCUGCGUGCAUUUGGAAUUAUUCUUGUGGGAAGAGCUGUUAUUAUUGGAGAUGAUGAGAUGGGAUUGCUUUUUAA